GUUGAUAGAGAGAAGGUUCACUCUGGACAUCAGGAGAUAUUACUUUACAGGUAGGGCUGCCAGGCUCCGAAAUGGGCUCCCAAAUGGGCUCCCAUACUCUCUCCUACUUUGGGGGUCUUCAGGAGGACGCUGGACAGAGAUUUGACUGGGGUGAUAUGAUCCCGGCACCCGUUCGUGUCCAGGGCAGGGGGUCUGACCUGAUGAUCUAUUUAGGUCCCUUCUGACCCUAAGUACUAUAAUAGUAUGACUUACUUAUUUGUUCAUUCAAUCAUUUCUUCUUUUACGUUCAAGGUUUGGUGAAUAAAUGGCCAUGGGGAACCACACAGGUGUCAGCUAUUUUGUUCUGACAGGUGUUUCCAGUGACCCAGAGCUCCAGCCUUUCCUGUUUGUGGUGUUUCUACUUAUAUACCUAGUAACUGUGGUGGGGAAUGGGGUGAUCAUGGUGGUAGUAAGGUCUGAUCCUCACCUUCACACCCUGAUGUAUACUUUCCUAUUCCAUUUAUCUUUCCUGGACAUCUGCUACUCUUCAAUCACUGUCCCAAAGAUGCUGCAGAAUUUCCUGGUAGAGAAAAAAAACAUUUCUCUCCAUGGCUGCCUUGCCCAGAUGAGCUUAAUUCUUCUGGUGUACUGUGCAGAAAUUUUUAUCCUAUCAGCAAUGGCCUAUGAUCGAUAUGCUGCCACCUGUGACCCACUGCAUUAUGGGGGAACCAUGAAUAAACAGGUCUGUAUUAGACUAGUGGGUGGUGCAUGGUUGAUUAGCAUAUUGUAUUCAUUGACAAACACUGCUCCUGUGUUACAUUUACACUUCUGUGGGCCCAAUGAACUGAACAAUUUCAGUUGUGAGCUCCCAUCUCUACUAGAAGUGUCCUGUACAGAAACCUUCAUCAGUAAGAUGACAUUCUUCACUUUAGCUACGGUUGUAAGUUUAACCUCCUUCUCCAUCACCCUGGUCUCUUACAUCCUCAUCAUCUCUACCAUCUUCAGGAUACAAUCUGCUGUGGGUAGGAGUAAAGCCUUCUCUACCUGCAGCUCCCACCUCACUGUUGUUCUUCUUUAUUAUGGGGCUGGAUUUGCCAGAUAUCUGAGACCCAGUUCAGGCUCUUCAGUGGUUCUUGACAGACUGUUCUCUGUCCAAUACAAUAUCUUAACUCCCAUGUUAAAUCCUGUCAUCUACAGCCUGAGAAACAGGGAAGUAAAGGCAGCUCUGGGGAACUUAGUAGAGAAAAUGUAAGGCAUGUGAAUGUAUUUCAAAAUUUGGAAAAAAUGUUACGUGCUAAUGGGAACUGAGUGUUUAAAAUAUUCUGAUGUCAUGUAACUGUUCCACAUGGACAUUUAGUUUAUAAAUAAUUAAUUUCUCUCUUAACAGAAAGAGCAUUUGUACUAUCAUGGCUAUCCUCAAUCUAAGCCUUUUUAAAAGCAUUGUAGGAGCAGAGGUGUAUGAAAGCUAUGAAUGCCGCUGAAGUAAUUGUUGCAAAGACUGUGAUUCUUGAGGAUAGAGCACUGACUUGAGAAAGACUGAUUCCAAUGAAUCUGUUUGUAUGCUGCACAAGCAUAUUCAACCACAGAGAUAGGUUCAGUCUAAAAUACACCAUAUCAAUGAGGUGGAAGACCUAGGUUUGGCCCCCUGCCCCAAAGAACAUGUUCUAGAGAAAAAUAUAAUUCUUUUUGAGGGAGUCACCCACAUCCCCACCCUAAGGUGAGUGCUCCAACCCCUAAAAUAUUUGUAUGGAUGGGGCAUCCAUAUCACUGCCUCCAAUUCAUUUUUAUGAAAGUGAUUGACAUAGUUCCAGGAUGGCUUCACAGCUUUGAAUCACAGAUUAUGGAAGGAACCACUUUGUGUGGUCUUAAACAGCAACGUUUUCAAAAUCAAGCUGGACACAGAAUUGUGGAACAGGAAACCUUACACAGGCUGGAUUGUGUUAGGUGUGGUCCCAUUACUUAGUUAACAUCUCUGAUUCAGUCUAUAACGUCUACCUCUAUCCUGACUUCGGUCUGACUUUAAACUAAACAUGACUGAUUGCCCCUCUCUCUGAGAAUGAUGAGGUUUAAUCUUUGAUGAUUUUCCCUAAAGUUUCUAUGGGUUAGCUAAUGUGGCUCCUGCUUUGAAAUGACAGCCAUUGUGAUACUAUGAUUAAGGAUCCUUUUCCUUGUUGAGGGAUCCAAGUGCCUGAUUCUAGGCAUGGAAUCACAUAUACUGUAGGAAUGCUAUGACAUGAUUCCUCUUUUGGAUUUAAUCUAUAGGUUUUGAAGUCAGACCUGUCAGAGAUCUAGUACAACCUCUUUGGGUCACAGGCAGUUAGAUGUCACUUCCAUAAUCGAUGUGUUGAGCCCAGUUUAGUGUAUGACUGAUACAUUUCUUCCAGAAAGUAAUUCAUUUUUGGUAAUAAAGACAUCAACUCAUAGUCACCUUUUCCAAUUGAAUUUUUCCUCUGUGGUCAAUAAUGUUCACUGUUAAAGGUCAAGAUUAUUUAAGUCAAAUCAGGCUAUUCACACUGGGAGCAUAAAUCAUGUCAUAUGUCUGCUAUAGGUGAGACUACCAGCUCAUGUAGCCAUGCAAGUGAUGCAAAUAAUUGCCUUCAAGGCUAACUUGCUGUUUUAGUUUCUAUUCCUGUGCAUCUUCACUAUGCUGU